AUGCUAGAGUCGUUUAAAAAGACGUUUGUAAGGGGUCGGGAAAAGCAGGGUAAGACAGACGCAGCGUCGCACAAUGCAGGCAAUGCAGCAGCAGCUGCGGCAAUCGCCACUUGGGGGGGAGCGGACGCCGGAAAGGCGGAAUGCUCGCAUCCGUCUCCCGGCGGCACGAAUCCAACGGCUCCCGUUCGUCGCGGCCCGAAUGAAGAGAUUGCGCAGGCGAGCUUGCCGCCUUUCGCGGAGCCGCUGCCGUUGUUAAAAGACGUGGGUGCGCGGGAGAAGCAGGCCCUAUUUAUCCGGAAGCUUCGCCUCUGCAGUUACCUCUUCGAUUUCAACGACCCUUUGAAAAACGUGAAGGAGAAGGAGAUAAAGCGGCAAACACUCCAGGAGCUAGUCGACUACGUUAAUUCCGGAACCGGGAAAUACAACAAGGCGGUAUUCGAAGACAUCACGCGCAUGCUGGAGAUUAAUCUCUUCCGGCCGUUACCGCCGUCCGCGCUCGCGAUUUCCGGGACGGAAUCUAAGGACCCCCAGGAAGAGGAUCCGACUAUGGAAGGCGCGUGGUCGCACCUGGAAUUAGUCUACGAGUUCCUGCUUAGGGUUGUCGUCUCUAACGUGCCGGACCCGAAGCUCCUAAAGCGUUACAUCGACCAGCAGUUUAUCUUAAAGCUGCUGAACCUGUUCGACUCGGAGGACCCUCUCGAGCGGGACCAUUUAAGGAUCACUUUACACGUGAUCUACUUAACAUUCAUGGAUCACCAGCCGUUCAUCCACAACGCGAUUAACGACAUUUUAGACCAAUUUAUCGAGUCGGAGCGGCAUAAUGGCAUUGCAGAUUUGCUGGAGUUCCUAAAGUUCGCGCUGCCUCUCAAAAAGGAGCAUAAGCAGUCUCUGGUGCGAGUGCUGGUUCAGCUGCACAAGCCUAAGUGCGUGGCCAUGUAUCAUGAGCAGCUGUCGUACUGCAUCGCCCAGUUUGUCGGAAAAGACCGGAAGCUCGCGGAUUUGGUUCUGCGCGGAUUGCUCAAGUUCUGGCCCUCUGACAGCCAAAAUGAGCUGCUUUUCCUGCAAGAGCUGGAGGACAUUUUGAAGCUCACGCAGGAGCCGGAGUUUGAGAUGGUCAUGACGCCGCUGUUCCAGCAGAUCGCGCGCUGCCUCAGCUCCUCGACCCCUGAGGUGGUGGGGCGCACGCUGCGCCUGUGGGACAACGACCGCAUCGUCACGCUCGUGGUGCAGCACCGUGCCACUAUCCUGCCGCUCAUCUUCGCAGCGCUCGAGCGCAACGCCAGCAGAUACGAGACGAUCCUGGUGGAGGAGCGCACGCUGUCCCAGUGGAAAAACAACACCACCAACCCGCCACCCAUCUUCACAUUUGAGCCCAACCCCAAAAUCGACGAGAUCCGGGCGGUGAUUGGGAUGACCUUCAACGUGCGCAGGAUGUUUCUCGAGAUGGACCAGCCGCUUUACGACGAGUGCCAUCGCCAGUUCCUGGAAGAAGAGGGGCGCACUGCUGACGUGGAGGAGCGGCGCACCGCCACCUGGCAGCACCUGGAAGAAGCAGCCGGCAACAACACAUGCAGCCGAGAAGCUCACUUUGAGGGGGAAAAUUCAGCUGCAGAAGGGGCGGAAGCACCAGCAGCAGCAGGACGACGAGGGCAGUAUGCUGGUCCUGCAGUAGAAAUGGAAGUAGAACGGCCAUAUGUGUGUCGAGAAUACUCUCUGGCAGAGCUAACCAAGGCUACAGGAGAGUGGGCAGAGGGGAACAGAAUAGGAAGGGGAGCCUUUGGGGAUGUCUACAAGGGAGUGUCUCCCCAUGAUGGCAAUCAAGCUUGGGCAGUCAAGCGAGCUCGACUGCUCACAAAUGACUUCCAGACAGAGGUGAAAGAGAUGGCAAGCAAGAGCCAUCCGCAUCUCGUGCGUCUGUUGGGCUACUGCAUCGACUUUGACCCGUCCACACGAACCAUGGAGCAGCUUCUUGUCUAUGAGCUCAUGCCCAACGGCGAUCUUGACGGCUGGAUCGGCCCCCGUGUCUCCAAUUCUCUCUCGCUAAAACAAAGGAUUGAUAUUCUGAUUGGAGUGGCCAAGGGGUUGCAGUAUCUGCAUGACUUUGGCAUCGUGCAUCGGGACAUCAAACCCGCUAACAUUCUCCUUGGCGCAAAAAUGGAGGCAAAGGUUGCGGACUUUGGCCUUGUGAAGCUGCUUGGAGGGACAACAAUAAGCACUUCAGAGCAAGCCACGCGAGUGAUGGGAACACCGGUCUAUGUGGACCCUGAGUACUGCAGGUCUCGCAAGGCCUAUCCUACUGCCGAUGUGCACAGUUUUGGCGUGGUGAUGCUGGUGCUUAUCACGGGGCGCGAGCCUGCUCUUGGAACGGGGGAAAACGUCAUCAACAUCAAGCAAUGGGUGGCCCCACUGGUGGGCUCAGGAGCAGUGGCAGAAUUCAAGGACCCUCACUUGGAAGCACCGGAUGAUGUGGUGCUGCGCUUGGCUCGCCUUGCCCUCUCCUGCACUUCCCUCCCUGCAGCCUCCCGCCCUUCCAUGCUGUUAGUGCUGGCUGAGCUGGUGAGGUUAAAGCAGGAGAUGUUGGGGUUGCGGGUGGGCACGGCUGUUUCUGGCAUCGACACGGAAAUUGGAGGUUCUGAUGCUUCACCUGACUUGACUGCUGAAAUGGCCCGUGUGAUGCGAGAAGCUGUAAAUGGCUCCUCAACUACCGUGCCAUAA